AUGCCGCUCAACUCGAAAGCCGUCUACGCGCGAUCCGACGCCGCUUAUGUGCCGUUUGCCAGCCGGCGGAGUACCGUUCACAGCAAGAAUGGUAUCGUUUCGUGCACACAACCCUUGGCUGCGGCUGCCGGCCACAAGAUCCUAAGCCAGGGAGGAAAUGCAGCGGAUGCCGCUGUGGCCGUUGCCGCUGGCCUGAACAUGACCGAGCCGGGAUCGACGGGCAUUGGAGGUGACAUGUUCUGCCUCUUUUACGAUGCCAAAACGAAGAAAGUACAUGCGCUGAACGGAUCGGGCCGAUACCCCGGCGCCGCCACCUUGGAGAAGGUGCGUCAGGACUUAAAACUGGCACCGGGCGAGGAGGGCAGCAUCCCCUUGCUCAACGCGCUGGCCGCCACAGUCCCCGGUGCGGCCGCCGGUUGGGUCGACACCGUGGAGAAGUUCGGCAGUGGGAAAUUGUCGAUGGCGCAGAUCUUGCAACCGGUGAUCGAAAUGGGCGAAGAAGGGUUUCCCGUCUCAGAACUGUCGUCCCAUUCGUGGCAAGAAAAUGAACAGGGGAUCCGGAAUGCAUCUCCCAACUUCCGUGAAAUGCUCAAGGAUGACCCCACAGCCAAAGAUGGUGUGCGUGCGCCACUUCCCGGAGAGAUUAUGAAGAAUCCCACUCUGGCAAAAACCUACCGCACGCUGGCCGCGGAGGGCAAGAAGGGAUUCUACCAAGGCCGCAUUGCGGAAGAGAUUGUGAAGGUAGUCCAGGAGCUUGGCGGCUACCUGUCUCUCGAGGACCUGGCGCACCAUGCGGAGGUCGGCACGCAAGAGACUGAGGCGAUCUCCCUCAAAUUCACUGGUCAAGAUAUUAUCUCUAAACAGACACCUGGAACGGAUGGGGAUACCAAUCAGGGCGUGGAGAUCUGGGAACACCCGCCAAAUGGACAGGGUAUCGUUGCGUUGAUGGCUCUCGGCAUUAUCGAAGAACUCGAGCGGACCGGCAAGAUCCCGCGGUUCAGUGAGUCCCAACACAACUCGGCGGAGUAUCUGCAUGCCGUCAUUGAGAGCUUGCGGAUUGCAUUCGCUGACGCUGCCUGGUGGGUCGCCGAUCCGGACGUCGAGCGCGUUCCAUCCAAAGGCUUGCUGGACCGCGAGUACUUGGCCGAGCGGGCGAAGCUGUUCUCGCCGGAGCGCGCGGCGGAUCUGUUGGAUCACGGCAGCCCAGCUCACAAUCACUGCGAUACCGUCUAUUUUGCCGUGACUGAUAGCGAGGGAAAUGGUAUUUCUUUCAUCAUUAGCAACUACGAGGGCUUCGGCACAUUUAUCAUCCCUGCGGGCUGUGGUUUCACACUGCAAAACCGUGGCGCCAACUUCUCUCUCCAACCUGGCCAUCCGAAUGUACUGGCUCCGCGCAAGCGCCCGUAUCAUACCAUUAUCCCAGCGUUGAUCACAAAUGUGGCGGAUGGAUCCCUGCACUCUGUCUACGGAGUGAUGGGCGGCUUUAUGCAGCCCCAGGGCCAUGUGCAAGUGCUAUUGAACAUGCUUGCCUUCGGCUAUCACCCCCAAGCAGCGCUCGAUUCACCGCGGAUUUGCCUCGCCGCACCAACAUCCGAGGAGACAGACCAAACCGUGUGGGUUGAAGAGGGAAUCAGCGAGGAAGCCAUCGAGGGCCUGCGCCGCCUGGGCCACAAGAUCGAGGUCCGGAAGGAAUGGCAGCGAGCAUCAUUUGGCCGGGGACAGAUCAUCCGUUCGCAUUAUGAUAAUGGGCAGCUGGUGUAUAGUGCUGGAAGUGAUCCCAGAGGUGAUGGAAUGGCGUUCCCUUUGCUGUGA